AUUCUCAUGCUCCGCCCCUCUUCUUUCUUACCGCAACUCUGUGCACAUCUGUGUUCUCCCGCCUCCCACUGCGCCUGUGAUUAUCACUCCGCCGCCAUGCCAAAUUCUUUGCAGCCCCAUGAGGCUGCAGCUGCUGCGAGUGUAGCCGCUGCCGAAGCGGAAGAGGCCGCCCCUGGCCCGCCUAAAUCCGACAUUUAUGCUGGUAUUUCCACCAUUCCUAUCAGUGCCGCGCUAAUUGGCUCUGGGGUUGACGCCAGCGACCUCAACCUGAACGUGGAUAUUUCGAAGCAUUCAAAGAAGCGCAACAAGCAGGUUCACCUAUUUUAUUGCGAAGAAACAGAAGAACUUGCACGGCGAGUAGCUGCAGAGACUGAAUCUAUUACGCUCAACUCAAUUAAAUGGGGAGCAUUUGCUGAUGGUUUCCCGAACCUUUUCGUGCCGGAUGCACAUGGGAUUCGUGGUCAACAUGUGGCGUUCCUGGCAUCAUUUAGCUCCCCAGCAGUUAUUUUUGAGCAGCUCUCAAUAAUCUAUGCUUUACCUCGCAUGUUCGUUGCAUCUUUCACUCUGGUGUUGCCAUUUUUUCCCACUGGGACGUUGGAGCGCAUGGAAGACGAGGGGGAUAUUGCAACUGCAUUUACGCUAGCAAGGAUUCUUUCCAACAUUCCAAUUUCAAGGGGUGGGCCAACAAGUCUUGUCAUCUUCGAUAUCCACGCGCUUCAAGAAAGGUUUUACUUCGGUGACAAUGUGCUACCAUGCUUUGAGAGUGGUAUACCAUUACUUAUACAUCGCCUCCAACAGCUUCCCGACUCCAACAAUGUGACCAUCGCAUUUCCCGAUGAAGGUGCUUCGAAACGAUUUUAUAAGUCAAUGGAGCACUUCCCUAUGAUCACAUGCACGAAGGUUAGAGAUGGCAACAAGAGAAUUGUGCAGCUGAAAGAGGGAGACCCAAGGGGGCGUCAUGUUGUAAUUGUAGAUGAUUUGGUGCAAUCUGGAGGCACCUUGAUUGAGUGUCAGAUGCUUCUAGCAUCCAAGGGAGCAGCCAAAGUGAGUGCUUACGUUACUCACGGGGUUUUUCCAAAGAGAUCAUGGGAGCGGUUUAAACACGAUAAUGGAGAAGGUGCUUCUCAGGGAUUUUCCCACUUCUGGUUGACUGACUCGUGUGCGAAAACGGUCAAAGCGGUUAUAGGAAAGGCACCUUUUGAGAUUCUGAGCCUUGCAGGUUCGAUAGCUGUUGCGCUUCAUAUCUAGAAUAGACACUCCCUGGUGGAGGUACUUAGUAUUCCCACCAUGUCGGUGGUUGCUGAAACCUUUAGUAUUUCUAGCAUACUGCAUAACUUAAGCUUCCAGAACCCGCCUUUCUGUCCAACUCUAGAGGCUUAUACUUCUCUUCCUCGCCUGCACUACUUGCAAUGUUUCAUAUUUUUGCAGAAUACAAAGUCUUAAGUCGCAUUCAUCCUCCCGGAAUGGUGUUUCAAAACUA